CGGGAUUGGCUUGCGGCGGUUACACCUGCCUUCCGGUUCGACUAAAGGGAUGUCAAUCUAGCCCAAAGGUUUGCCGCGCUCUCUCGCUGGAGGUUGUGCGCGUGCGUAGCACGCAAGGUGGGCCAGUUCUUGGCCUCGCGGGCUUACGUCAUGGGAGGAAUGCGGUGACGCGACGCUGCUCUUGUGACGUAGACGACGAAGGCCGGGCUCCCGGUUCGAUGAUGUCAUCGGGUCCUUUUUCCUCCCCCUGCUGCCCUGCGAUGAAGUUCUCAAGCCACAGCAGGGACAAUGCCAAAUCCUUGACCUUCUGAGCCAUGAGGGAACUUCCACAAGAGCUUUGAAAAGUCCAGUGGCUCUCAGAAGUGUGGUUUCUGGACCAGCAGCAUCAGAAUGGCCUGGAAACUUGUCACAAAGGCAGAUCCUCAGACACUCUGCAGUCAGAGCCCAACAAUCUAUGGCAGCCCGUCCAGAAUGGCCAAACGUCCACUGCUGCUGCUGCUGCUGGCCGUAUGGGUGCUGGCUGGGGAGCUGUGGCUGAGGACUGAGGCCCGGGCGUCACCCUAUGGAGUGAAGCUUUGCGGCCGUGAAUUCAUCCGAGCGGUCAUCUUUACCUGCGGGGGCUCCCGGUGGAGACGGUCGGACAUGCUGGCCCAUGAAGCUCUGGGGGAUGUCUUCUCAGACACAGAUUCCAACGCAGACAGCGAGUUGGACGAGGCAAUGGCCUCCAGCGAAUGGCUGGCCCUGACCAAGUCCCCUGAGACCUUCUAUGGGGUUCAACCAGGCUGGCAGAGAACCCCUGGGGCUCUUAGGGGCAGUCGUGAUGUCCUGGCUGGCCUCUCCAGCAACUGCUGCAAGUGGGGGUGCAGCAAGAGUGAAAUCAGCAGCCUCUGCUAGACAGGGGACCAGGUGGCCAUGGAGAACCAGAGUGAAUGUCCCAGCUCUGCUGUCCACCUAAUGGGUGUCCAGGUGGGCACCUGUUUCUAGCCCCUCAUGCAUUCAUUCAUCAGCAAGUCACAGAGCUCAGGCACUAUGGGCUCAGAAUAGAGUCCUCCCACCCAACCCUGACCUUUGGCCAGCCUAUCCUGACCCUGAGCAGGCUGUGCCCCUACCUGGCCACAUGGGGACCCUUUCUCCCCAGCCCAUCUCAUGCCUUUCCUGGCCUGUACUGUCUCCUGCUGCAACGGUUGCCCCUGCUCUACCCAAAGUGGCCACACUGAGACCCUGGCCCAGCUGUGGCCACUGUCCCCUCGCCAGCCCAAACUAUACCACCCCCAACUCCCGCCCCAUUCUAGCCUUUGCCCCCUCUCUCCCCGAAGCCUUCCAGGCCCCUCCCUCCACCCCAGCCUGGGUUCUAAAGCUGUGGACCCCAAGCCUGGAAGAGGGACCUCAGGUUCCCUUCGUUUCCUGGGGUGGAGGCUCAGUGGUGGGGGGAGGGGUACGGAUCAGAAUCUUCCUCAACCCCCCAAAUAAAAGUUCCAAAGUACUUGGCA